AUGAGAAACCGAACAAUAACAACAUUCAUCCUGCUGGGACUCACAGACGACCCCAAGCUACAGGUUCUGAUUUUUAUCUUUCUAUUUGUAGCCUACAUGCUGAGUUUAACUGGAAACCUGACCAUCAUCACACUCACCUUUGUGGAUUCCCACCUGAAAACACCCAUGUACUUUUUCUUAAAAAAUUUCUCCUUCUUGGAGAUCUCAUUCAUAUCUUCUUGCAUCCCCAGAUACCUAUAUAGCAUAGCAACAGGUGACAAGGUCAUUACCUAUAACGCUUGUGCCAUUCAAGUGUUUUUCACUGACCUCUGUGGAGUAACAGAGUUUUUUCUCCUGGCCGUCAUGUCCUACGACCGCUACGUGGCCGUCUGCAAACCCCUGCAUUAUGUGACCAUCAUGAGCAGCAGAGUCUGUGGGAUUCUCAUCAGCUCUUGUUGGAUGGCUGGUCUGUGUGUUUUAAUCCCACCACUUAGCCUGGGUUUAAAUCUGAAAUUCUGUGAUUCUAACAGGAUUGAUCAUUUUGGCUGUGAUGCGUUUCCCUUAGUGAAAAUCUCAUGCUCAGACACAUGGCUCAUGGAACAGACGGUUAUAAUCUGUGCUGUGCUGACCCUGAAUAUGACUCUCACUUGUGUAGUUCUGUCCUAUGCCUACAUCAUCAAGACAAUUUUUAGGUUCCCUUCUGUGCAGCAAAGGAAAAAAGCCUUUUCGACCUGCUCUUCCCACAUGAUUGUGGUUUCUAUCACCUAUGGAACGUGCAUUUUCAUCUACAUGAAUCCUACAGCAAAGGGAGAAGUGACUAUUAAAAAAGUGGUUUCACUGCUCAUUUUUUCUUUUUCACCUACUUUGAAUCCGUUUAUUUAUACUUUGAGAAACAAUCAAGUUAAGAAAGCCUUUAAAGACUCAAUCAAAAGAAUUGCCUUGCUCUCAACAAAGCAAAAGAAAUAA